AUGUCGUCCUCGUCAUAUUCCUCACUACUGCCUCGUGAUCCAGUCUAUGGAUUUCCACCGGAGUCUUUCGACCCCUCCCUUCUUCCUGAUGUCGACACUGAAUUCGUCGAUGCGCAAGACUUGGAAGCCUUUGAGAAGGCGCUCCAGGCUCCUGAUCCCCUUCAGAGUCCGGCCGAUGAAAACGGCGCUCGGUCGCCACGUAGCCCGAGUUCGUUCAGUGUGACAAAGAGGCCUUCGCAGGUCGAAUCUGGCCUUGCGGAUGAUGUAGCUGCUGUCGCCGCCGCCGCGGACGUUGCUUCUGGAGAUCUUCCUGUCCCGCCCACACCGAGUCAAGGGACAUUUAUCACAGCGCAGAACGACUGGGCGCCUGUUAACGAGAAGAUCUAUAGCCGUCGCCGUGGCUCGAGGCGAAGCAAGAGAAAGCGCAGGGGUGGAAAGGGGGCCGUUGAAGGCCUUCUAGGGACCCGCACCAAAGAUGAGACUCGGGAGGGAUAUCUAUACCAACUUUCAAAGUGGCCUCUGCUUUUCUUCGUGUUUGCAUGGCUCGGUGGACUUGUCGUUGCAUAUCUCUCGACAAGGCUAUAUAUCUGGGUGUAUGAGCACUUCUUCACAUGGCGCGGCCAGCGAGAAAGACUCCGAAGGAAUUUACGAAAUGCCUCGAAGUAUGAGGACUGGGUAAGUGCCGCAAAGGAGCUCGACAACUAUCUGGGUCGACAAACAUGGAGGGAAGAGAACGAUUUCGCGUACUACGAUUCCAAGACUGUUCGAAGAGUUUGGGAGCAGAUGAAGAAGACAAGAUUGCGCGCUGAAGAGCAAGAAAGUAAGGGCGAGAAGGGUGAUGGAGGUAAAGCGGUGGAUGAGCUGAAGACCUUGAUUGAAGCUUGCGUCAAGAAUAAUUUUGUUGGCGUUGAGAACGCGAGGUUAUACAGCCAAACGUACUAUGGAACCAAAAAUCUGGUACAGAAUUUCCUCGAUGAAGAGGAGAAGUGCAUCAAAUUUCUGAUAAACACCAAACAGCUCGAGAUGGAGCAGAAGCGAGUGCUAUUCAAACACGUCUAUGCGAACUACGGAAGAACAGCUCUCUGUCUCUCGGGAGGCGCAGCCUUUGCCUACUAUCACAUUGGUGUUGUCCGAGCUUUGCUCGAUGCGGAUCUGCUACCAGACGUUAUUACAGGCACAAGUGGUGGUGCUUUAGUAGCUGCUUUGGUGGCCACUCGAACAAACGAUGAGCUCAAGCAGCUUCUUGUGCCAGCACUUUCUGAGCGGAUCAACGCCUGCCGCGAACCAUUUACAGUCUGGAUUCCUCGAUGGUGGAAAACUGGAGCUCGAUUUGACUGUGUUGAUUGGGCACGACGAUGCGGCUGGUGGACGCAUGGUUCCUUGACAUUCCGAGAAGCCUAUGAACGAACAGGUCGCAUUCUCAAUGUUACCUGUGUGCCAGCCGACCCCCAUUCGCCGACGAUUCUUUGCAACUACCUCACAAGCCCCGAUUGUGUUAUCUGGUCGGCGGUAUUGGCAUCGGCCGCUGUACCUGGAAUUAUUAAUCCCGUCGUUCUCAUGAUGAAGACUCGAGACGGUUCUCUAGAGCCGUACUCCUUUGGCCACAAGUGGAAGGAUGGCAGUUUACGAACGGAUAUUCCUAUCAAGGCCUUGAACACACACUUUAACGUCAACUUUACAAUUGUCAGCCAAGUCAACCCACAUAUCAAUCUUUUCUUUUUCUCUUCUCGAGGCUCAGUUGGUCACCCAGUCACACAUCGCAAGGGGCGUGGGUGGCGAGGCGGCUACCUGAUGUCUGCGUUUGAGCAUUAUCUCAAACUGGACAUGAAUAAGUGGCUCAAGUUUAUCCGUCAUGCCGAAUUGUUGCCCCGGCCCCUUGGUCAAGACUGGAGUCAGCUUUGGCUUCAACAAUUCAGCGGUACUAUUACGAUUUGGCCAAAGUCGAGAAUUUCAGACUUCUGGCGUAUUCUAUCAGAUCCUGACCCUCAUCGACUAUCCCGUAUGAUUCACGAAGGAAAGCAAAGUGCUUUCCCCAAGCUCAAGUUUAUUGAGAACAGACUCAAGAUUGAACGACUGGUUGAACGCGGACGCUCUGAUUCGAGACCGUGGGUGCGUCGGGGCAGCAUUCAAACUAUUCUCAGCGAGGAGGAUAUCAGAAACAUUCUGGCGGAGGAGAUGGGCAACGGUGCAACUACAGAGGACGAGACCGAUGUGGAAGAUCUCAGUGGGCUUGGUCUUGGUAUGACCACCCUCGACGAGAAUACUCUUUACGAGGAGCCCGGAGAGAAGAGUGACUCGGAGGUUAGCAGUUGA